AUGUCAGAAGGAGGAGAAGGAAUAGGCCAUGAAAGUUUCUUAUGGGAAAACCAGUCGUGGGCCUUCUCGAAUUCGGACAAUUCAGCUGGCAGUGAAGGGAAAUCGAGCAAGAAGUUGCCAGUGUCGAGCUCGAAUAGCCAGAUAGAGAUAGGAGCAAAAGAGGUGGCGCUGCCACCCAGUAAGAAGAAGCGGGGCCGAGGCAGUGUGGGCAAAAAUGGGAAUGCGAGUACUGGUGGUGAUCAAGGGAAGGGAGAAGGAAAAGGAGGCGGUGAAUCUGAUCAUGAUAUACAUAUAUGGACGGAGAGAGAGAGGAGGAAGAAGAUGAGGAAUAUGUUCGCUAAUCUGCAUGCUUUGCUUCCCCAACUUCCUCCCAAGGCGGACAAGUCCACCAUCGUGGAUGAAGCGGUAAGCUACAUCAAAACCCUACACCACACUCUCCAGAAGCUACAAAAGCAGAAGCUAGAAAGACUUCAAGGCGGCGCAGCGUCGACUUUCGGCUUUGAGUCACCCAUAUUGAUCUCGCAAAGACUAUCAAGCGACUCGAGGGAAGCAUUCUUAGCCGAUCAAGGAUCUUCAAACAACCUGGGCGCCGUUACAGCAAAUAAUUCUUAUUCAAAUCCACUUUCAGCCAGCUUGCGGUAUCCCGUAAACUUUGAAACCUGGACUUCUUCAAAUGUCGUCUUGAAUAUAUGCGGUGAGGAAGCACAGAUUAGUGUGUGCUCGUCUACGAAGCCUGGCCUCUUGACCACCAUCUGCUAUGUGUUGGAGAAGCAUAGAAUAGAGGUGGUAUCUGCUCAUAUUAACUCCGAUUCUAAUCGGAGCAUGUACAAUAUUCAUGCACGUGUAAGCGGAGCUUCCAAUCAUCAGUUCCAAGAGCCGGCGGCAUUUCCUGUGGAGGAAAUAUACAAGCUAGCUGCGGGAGAGAUAAUGUUGUGGGUAUCAUGAUCUGCGUGAUCAUGCAUCCAGGAUCAGACUUAACAGAGAUCAGAAAGCUUUUCAUUAAUUUGGUGGGGACGGCUAUAUAUACGGCUAUGUACUUCCAGCCGCCAAAUAGCCUUCAUGGUCAUGAUAUAUAGCUAAUUUCUGGCGUAUAUUUGUAGCCAUAUAAGCUCCGUACGUACAAUUAGCUGUAUGUAAUUUCCAACUAUCAUUUUGUAAGCUGCUUUUCUUAAAGUACACAUGA